GCCCCGAACGUCCGGCGUUCGCCCUGCCCCUCCAGUUUCCGCGCGCCUCUCUGGCAGCUGGUCACAUGGUGAGGGUGGGGGUAAGGGGGCCGCUCUAGCUCGCGGGCUGUGUCUAUGGUCGGGCCCGUAGCGUCCAGCUGCACCGGACACAGCUCGAGUGUAUGGCGCCGCAGGAUCUGGCUCCGGGGCCCCAAUAACGGGCCGCCCCCGCAGCUCCAGGGACGCAGUGAGGCGAAUACUAUCUGAAUUCUGGAAGGGAUUUUCGGUGGCAGGAGUCUCUGUGAUUGUAGGGUUUCCUCUGAUCUGAGAAUGGCUACUCCUCGAUAUGAGCCAGUGGCUGAGAUUGGUGUUGGUGCCUAUGGAACGGUAUACAAGGCCCGUGAUCCCCACAGUGGCCACUUUGUGGCCCUCAAGAGUGUGAGAGUCCCUAAUGGAGGCGGUGCUGGCGGGGGCCUUCCCAUCAGCACAGUUCGUGAGGUGGCCUUACUGAGGCGGCUGGAGGCUUUUGAACAUCCCAAUGUUGUCCGGCUGAUGGACGUCUGUGCCACUGCCCGAACUGACCGAGAGACCAAAGUGACCCUGGUGUUUGAGCAUGUGGACCAAGACCUAAGGACAUACCUGGAUAAGGCCCCCCCACCAGGCUUGCCAGUGGAGACUAUCAAGGAUCUGAUGCGCCAGUUUCUACGAGGCCUAGAUUUCCUUCAUGCCAACUGCAUCGUUCAUCGAGAUCUGAAGCCAGAGAACAUUCUGGUGACAAGUGGUGGGACAGUCAAGCUGGCUGACUUUGGCCUGGCCAGAAUCUACAGCUAUCAGAUGGCACUUACACCUGUGGUUGUUACACUCUGGUACCGUGCUCCAGAAGUUCUUCUGCAGUCUACGUACGCAACACCCGUGGACAUGUGGAGCGUUGGCUGUAUCUUCGCAGAGAUGUUUCGUCGCAAGCCUCUCUUCUGUGGAAACUCUGAAGCUGACCAGUUAGGCAAAAUCUUUGACCUGAUCGGGCUGCCUCCAGAGGAUGACUGGCCCCGAGAUGUGUCCCUGCCCCGAGGAGCCUUUUCCCCCAGAGGACCCCGUCCAGUGCAGUCAGUGGUACCUGAGUUGGAAGAGUCUGGAGCACAGCUGCUGCUGGAGAUGCUGACUUUUAACCCACACAAGCGAAUCUCUGCCUUCCGAGCCCUGCAGCACUCUUAUCUACAAAAGGCAGAAGGUAACCCAGAGUGAGCGGUGGAGUGAGCGGUGGAGUGGCUGCAGCAGUACCCAGAGAGAAGAAACGCCAUCAUUUCCCUUCCUUUGAACACUUAAGUGGAAAGGCCCCCAACUGAGAAGGAGAUCUCUCAGUCUCUGAGGCUGUGGAAACUCCUCCUCCAACUUUUCACAGAGAGUAUUUUGCUGCCUUAAUGACAUUCUCCCUCGUAUCCCUCCUUUUGAAGCUUAUCCUUCCCUUGCCUCCCCCGCGCCCCCCCCCCCCCGAUUUCCAUACACCAAGAGGUAUGUUCCUUGUUCUCCCCUUUCCUAUCUUGAUAUUGGGGAUCUUUUUUUAUACAGGAAAAACAAAACAAAACAAAGAAAUACGGUC